AGUACGAAUAGCCAGCCGGGUUGGACAAAUUCGUUUAUGGGUGAGGUCAGGUGUCUGAUAAAAAAAUUUGCUACAGAAAAUCCACGUUGCAGAACUCACAGUAAUUUUCCGUGAAAGUCCAUUGAAUUGUGUAGUGUAGUGUAGUUAUAGAGUGUCCAGGAAGAUGUCCAAGAAGACGUCAGGUGUAAAAAAUGCCUGGGGUGUGGUAAAAACAGCACAACAUGGAGUGGAAAGUUUUCCGGGUGGAAAUAAGAAAAAUGGCCCUGGAGGGCAGACAAAAUUCGCUGAGGUUCAACAGAAACACCUGGAAGCAGCCAAAAAACUGGCUGAAACUUAUGAAUCUAGCUCAGAUGAGGAAGAUGUAUCUACAACGGAGAUUUUUGAGUCUGUCCUCAAGGGAUACAGCGGCGACAGUGGUGAUCUGAGGAGAACCCAUCAAUUUUUGGAGAAUGCUUUUCAAUCGGGAGCUGCAACAUGUCUCAUCUGCAUUGGAGGCAUUAAAAGGGUCGAUUCUAUAUGGUCUUGUGUGACAUGUUACUGCUUCUUCCACUUGGCAUGUAUUCAACGCUGGGCAAAUGACAAUAUUGGCCAGAAACGUCUACGUCAGGCCGAUGAGGCAUCUUCUCCGGGAUUCUAUACAAAUCGCGGUGAGUUUGUUCCUAGGAAAAUUACUCCCAUUACGUGGGAUUGUCCACAGUGUAGGCACUCGUACGGUCCGGAAGAGGUUCCCAGGAGAUAUUUGUGUUUUUGUGGGAAGGAAGAUAAUCCACAAGUUCAUCCGUGGUUGAUACCACAUUCGUGCGGGGAAUUGUGUCAGCGUCCAUUGGAACCAGUUUGUGGUCACAAGUGUCUGCUAUUGUGUCAUCCAGGACCCUGUCCACCUUGUCCUCAGACAAUUUCCCAGAGUUGUGAAUGUGGGAAGUCGGCUAAGCGAACAAUUCGGUGUUCCACAAAAAGUUGGCGGUGUCAGGAUAAAUGCCAGAAGAUCCUCUCUUGUGGCGUUCACAAAUGCAAUCAGAUUUGUCAUUCGCCGGAUUCCUGUAAGCCCUGCUCUCGACGAAGUGUCCAUCGAUGCCAGUGUGGUCAGAAACAGGAAGAGAGGAAUUGUUCAGAGAGUGUUUGGCAAUGUGCCACAGUGUGCGGCAAGGAGUAUUCCUGUGGCCGUCAUCGGUGUGAGAAACGCUGUCAUCCUCCGGGAGAAUGUGGAGAUUGUCCACAGGGUCUACCACGGUCUUGUCCAUGUGGCAAACAGACUUCCGUUGCUCCUUGUUCUGAGCAAAUUGACACUUGUGGUGAUUCCUGUCUCAAGCAACUUCCCUGUGGGGAUCAUUUGUGUCUGGACAGGUGUCACAGAGGAGAAUGCGGUGCAUGCCCGGAGAUUAUAGAAAAACGCUGUCGCUGUGGACUGCACAGUAAACAAUUGCCCUGCCAUAAAAGUUUCACGUGUGAGACCAAGUGCAAGCAACAAAAGGAUUGCACGAAGCACGUAUGCAAUCGCAAAUGCUGCGACGGGAAUUGUCCUCCGUGUGACAAGAUUUGCGGCAAAACUCUGCCCUGUGGGCGACACAAGUGCAAGAGUAAUUGUCACACUGGCCACUGCUACCCGUGCAAUCUCAAAGCCAAGGUUAAGUGUCGCUGCUCAAAGACCGUCAUUGAAGUCCCAUGUGGACGUGAACGCAAAACUCGUCCACCAAAGUGUCAUUUGCCUUGUCGACGACCCUCCAAGUGUCACCACGACAAUCCCCAUAAUUGCCAUCAGGAUGACUGUCCGACGUGCACGAAAAAAUGCGGCCUCUUCAAUGACACCACCAAAUGUGCUCAUCCAUGCGAAGCCAAGUGUCAUGAUGCUGUUCUGGUGCGGUACGUGGACAAGAACUGGCGUCCAGCUGGUCCAUGGGAUGUCCAACCGGAAGUGACAGAAAUCACACGACUGCCCCAUCCCAAAUGCGAAAUUCGUGUCCCAGUGUCCUGUCUUGGUGGUCACGAGACCAUUCCCUGGCCCUGCCACGAUGCCAUUCCACGGAGCUGUGGCCGUUCUUGUGGGCGGGAAUUGAAAUGUGGAAAUCAUAAGUGCGAGAAGGAGUGUCACCCUGUCAAGGAUUUGCAGUUGUGGCUGCAGCAGGAGGCAUGUGAUGAAUGUCGUGAGGGAUGCAAGAGGAAGAGACCACAGGGAUGUUCUCAUCCGUGCAAGAAACCCUGCCACUCCGAUCCCUGUGAUCCUUGCACAGUGGCAACCAAAACAGCUUGCCACUGUGGACUCACUCAAGUGAUAUACAGAUGUGGAGAAUUCUUCGCUUCGGACGAUCCCAAUGCCAAGGAGACUCAGUUGAGUUGUGGCAAUCGCUGUAUCAAGAAUUAUCCUUGUGGUCACAGAUGCACAUCCACUUGUCAUUCUGGCCAGUGCCCUGAUCCUGAAUCUUGCAAGAAGAAAGUCAAGACUACCUGCAAGUGCAAGACGAAGAAGAUUGAAGUUACAUGUGAGAAAUUGAGAAGUGGAACAUUUGUUCUGGCUUGCGAUGAGCAGUGCAGUGCAAAGAUGGCACAAAAGGCGAAGGAGCUGGAGGAGAAGAUGGCCAAGCAGCGUGAAGAGGAGGCAGAACGCAAUCGUCAAGAAUUGGAGGAGUUUGAGCGGAAAUUCGGCAAGAAGAAGCCAAAAGAGCGCAAAAGACGUGAGAUUGUGGAUGAGAAGGGAACAAACUGGAAGCUAAUUGCUGGAUCAGCGGUAAUGGCAAUUGUGAUUGCUGUUGCUGUGUACAUCUUUUUAUUCAACACCCAGUAAAAUUUUUAUUGUACAAAUUUAUUGGAUUUUGGAUUUCUUCUUUGGAUCGCGGGAUAAUUUCUUGGGGACAUCUGCUGAGGUGACUUUUGGCUUUCCAUCGAAGUGAAUUGAAGAAAAGACGAUAAAUGCGACGAAUGUUAUCAGCGAGAGUAUCAAGAUGUACUCCACUCGAUUCCUGGAGCAGUUUUGAAUUAUAAAUGAGAUUAGGUAAUCUGAUAAAAUUAUCACAGAUAGGUAAGUUGACUUUUUCAAUUGAUAUUGUGUACCCAUUUCACCGUUUUUUUUUUUAUGAAAAUAAAAUGUGAUGGAUUCUUACUCAAUAAAAUGAA